AUGGAAAGCAUUCAAGUUUUCCUGUUAAUCAGUACAUUCGUGCUGAAGACUGUCCACAGUCUUAAUCCUAGCGCUUGGUCAGCAGCCCAUGCAACAUUCUAUGGUGGAAAUGAUGCCUCUGGUACAAUGGGAGGAGCUUGUGGUUAUGGGAAUCUGUACAGUCAAGGGUAUGGUACAAGCACAGCUGCAUUGAGUACUGCUCUUUUCAACAAUGGACAAGCUUGUGGAGCUUGUUUUGAGAUCAAAUGUGUAAAUGCUGGGAAGUGGUGCCUCUCGGGAUCCAUCAUGGUUACAGCCACAAACUUCUGCCCUCCCAAUAAUGCUCUUCCAAAUAAUGACGGAGGGUGGUGUAACCCUCCGUUGAAGCAUUUUGAUCUUUCACAACCAAUAUUUCAACGCAUCGCGCAGUAUGAAGCUGGAAUAGUCCCUGUUCAGUAUAGAAGGGUUCCUUGCAGGAAGAGUGGUGGAAUUAAAUUCACAAUAAAUGGGCAUUCAUACUUCAACCUUGUACUGGUGACUAAUGUUGGGGGAGCGGGUGAUGUUGUGUCUCUAUCCAUCAAAGGCACGAGAACUGGUUGGAUAGCAAUGUCUCGCAACUGGGGUCAAAACUGGCAAAGCAAUUCUUACCUCGAUGGUCAAGCACUCUCAUUCAAGGUCACUACGAGUGAUGGGAGGUCUUUAGUCUCCAACAACGUAGCCCCUCCAAAAUGGUCUUUUGGACAAACCUAUAGUGGAAGACAAUUUUAA